UUAUUUUUUCUUUUCUUCAUUUUUCUUAUAUUUGCAUAUGGAUAAUGGAUUUAAACAGUUUAAUAAAAAAUAAAAAAUUAGAGUUAAAAAAAUGUAAAACUAUUGUAACUAAUACACUUGGUCAAAAAUAUGAAGAAUAUAAUGGAAUAAAAAGGGAAUUAUCCUUUACAGGAACACCAUUUGUGAUAGAUAAUAAACCUGAUUUACAGAUUGCACAAGUAAUACAAGGAUUGUUCCUUAGCUCACAAGAUCCAAUUAUAAACAAAGAAAUAUUAGAAAAACAUAAAAUACGUCAUGUUUUAAGCAUUGGUAUUAAUGUACCAGUAAAAUUUGAUGACAUUAAGUAUUAUUAUUGUGAAUUGUUAGAUUUACCUGAAUCUGAUCUAAUUGUAGUAAUUAAAAAAUGUAUCAGAAUUAUACACAAACAUCGUGAUGAAAAUAUUCUUGUCCAUUGUAAUGCUGGUAUAUCUCGUUCACCAGCGAUUAUUAUAUCUUACAUAAUGGCUCUUCAAAAAAUAUCCUAUGAUGAUGCAUAUAAUAAGGUAAAAAAUAUAAGAAAUUGUAUUAAACCUAAUGAAGGAUUUGUACAACAAUUGAAAACAUUACAACUUUCAACUAUGUUAUAAUAAAUAAAUGUCAAAUAUUAUUAUAAUA